AUGUCUUUCACAACAUUAGGGGUAAUUCUCGUGGUUUCUGGAAUCACUAGUUUUAUUUCGAUAGCUAUUUCAUUCGUGGCAAUAUAUCUUCAAGCGAGCAACUAUCGAAAGCCUUUUGAGCAAAGAUUGAUUAUAAGAAUCCUGAUCAUCGUUCCUCUUUUCGCAGUCUCAUGCUAUGUUAAUCUUAUAAGUCCUUCUCUGGGGAAGUAUGUUGAACCAUUUAGAGAGUUUUACGAAGCAUUGGUCAUCUACACAUUUUACAAGCUCCUGGUUUUGAUGCUGGGUGGAGAACGCCAGAUCAUCCAAGAUUCGAUAGACAAACCAAAAACAAAGCAUCCACGUUUCAUAAAUAUGUUUCUUAGCCCCGUUGAAUUCUCUGACCCGUCACAAUUCCUAUUCAUCAAAAGAUGUAUCCUGCAAUAUGUUUGGGUCAAACCACUUCUGUAUCUGGUUUUCGUCAUCGGUUCUCUCGUCGGUGUUUACGAUGAAACAGAUAUCUCACUCACAAGCCUUUACUUUUGGACUGGGGUUGCUUAUAACUUGAGUGUCACGAUCUCGCUUUAUUUUCUGGCUAUGUUCUGGAAAUGUCUCUACGAGGAAUUACGACAAUUUAAUCCUUGGGGCAAAUUCCUUUGCGUCAAAUUGAUCAUAUUUGCUUCCUACUGGCAAGGGCUUUUGCUCGGUGUUCUCAGUUGGUUUGGAGUUCUCAAACCCGAUUUUGAUGAGAACCCGUCGAGUUUCUUGAGCGGAAUGCAGAUCCAAAAUGCUCUGCUUUGUCUCGAAAUGAUUUUCUUUGCGAUCUUGCACUGGAGGUCGUUUCCUUAUACAGACUUCACUGCUGAUAGGCAUGAGAACUGUGCCAGAAUCUCUACUCCGCUAGCUUUAAAGGAUUGUCUGUUUUUGGGUGAUUUGUUCUACGAUCUGAAAAUCACGACACUAUAUGGAGAUAGCUACAAUUUUCGCAAUUUUGAUUCUAUCAAUGACAACAGGAUUUAUACUAAUUCGGGUUCUUUCAACCAAAAAAUACAUGAUGGUUUGCGAUACUCAUCUGAUGGGAAAAAAUAUUGGUUGCCUGACAAUCGCACCAGCAAAGGCGUUCGUCGCACAGGAUCUUCUGGUUCAUCUUCAAAAUCCUUGAGAGGACAUUCAAACUUUGUGAACCAAUACACUCCACUACUGACGACUAUGCGUUCAACAUAUAUAGCCAAUGCAUCAGAGAGUUUGGUUGAAGAGGAGGAGGAGGAGGAUGUCCUCAAUUUCGAGAAUCUUGACUCUGAAUUCGCUCGAGAUGAAGUCCUUUACAAAUUGGUGAAGUCGAAAUACAUUUCUCCCAAGUUGAUUAAUUACCCCGUGGUAUUCGACCAUAGAUCUACUACCUCCGCUAACAGGUUGGCGAAACUGAGACAGCAAUUGGAUUAUGAACGAGUAUCCCGAAAGUCUACUUUAAGUGGCCAGGUUACAACUGAACCUUGA